CCUCAUCCCAUUACAGUGGUUCUGGUUCCAUUGUCUCUCUCUGUGUAGAGCCAGGCCUCAUCCCAUUACAGUGGUUCUGGUUCUAUUGUCUCUCUCUGUGUAGAGCCAGGCCUCAUCCCAUUACAAUGGUACCAAACACUUUAAGAGGCUCAAAGCCUUCGACCCACCGGACUGCAAGACCAGAGCCCUUGACACAGUCACCAAGGAAACCACAACCAAGAGCGCAUCACCCUGCCCUGUGCCGCCCAGCUCAGACCCCAGUUCAACAGAUGUCACAGCCAGAGCUGUGUUGUCACCACCCUCUGCCUCCGGGGUGGUUCCAUCGACCUGCAGCCCAGCUGUAUCCAUGGAAAUACCCUCUGACCCCUCUCUGUCACCCUGUCCCAUGGUGGAGAAGGAGAAGGAGAUGGAGGGAGAGGUGGAGCAGGUUGUAGAGUCAGAGGAAGAGAAGGCUAAGAGACUGCUCUACUGUUCUCUCUGCAAGGUGGUGGUGAACUCUGCAUCCCAGCUACAGGCUCACAACAGCGGCACGAAACACAAGACAAUGCUGGAGGCCAGGAGCGGCGAUGGAGCCAUAAAGUCAUUCCCCAGGUCAGGGGUCAAAGCCAAGCUGGCCCCUCCCACUGAGGUGUCGACUGGGCUCCAGAACAGAACUUUCCACUGUGAGAUCUGCGAUGUGCACGUCAACUCCGAGACACAACUCAAACAGCACAUCAGCAGUAGAAGGCAUAAAGACCGUGCAGCAGGGAAGCCAGCUAAGCCCAAGUUUAGCCCGUAUGGUCUGCCGCCUCAACGCAACCAGAAUGUACAGACAGUUGGGAUCAUUCUGAGGAAGGAGCAGGACUUGGCGAAGCCUCUCGUCUCGUGCCUCUUACAGCGCCAUCUCUCCCUCGCUGCUGCUGCUGCAGCAAUGGCAACCCUGUCCCCGUUCCAUUUGCACCCUGCCCCUACACAUGGCGCCGCCCUCUUUCAAGCUCAGCCCCUCCCCCAGCCCCUAUUACAUCCUGCCCCAGGACCUCUCCGUACGGCACAUACAUCAGUUCUGUUCUCACCGUACUGACCCAGACCUGAACCAGACUUGGCCUAUACCUAACCCAGACCCAUGUCAGAUGGACCAGAACCCAACAGAAACUGUGGGACCAGUGCAGACAAACAGCAGUCUGUAAAGUUGGAAACAGACCUGGGAUCAGAUUCAGAGUAUGUCUCUCUACUGACCGUCUUGGACCAGGGUGUCUAUGUUUUGUGCCAUGCUUGAGCCAGUGUGUGUGUGUGUUUGCGUGCGUGAAGCUGUAUGCGUGCGUGAAGCUGUGUGUGUGCGCACGUGCGUGCAUUGUGUGUUUGUCAUGAAAUAUGGGUAUUGUUUUUCA